AUGAUCUGCCGAAGUACCAACCAAAUUAACCAGAAGAACCUCCGCCUCACAUGCUUGUUAAAUAACUCCAUUUGUUAGCCAACACUUCCCUGCUCUUUGAGUCAGUCAAGAUAUCCUCAGAACAGCCCUCGUACUCCGGCCAUGGCAGACGGAAGAGAGUCCGUCUUGACAUCUCUUGACAAUGCCAAGACACAACUCUACCAUUACAAGGCAAUUGUGAUCGCUGGCAUGGGAUUCUUCACUGAUGCUUAUGACCUCUUCUGCAUCACCGCCGUCACCAAACUCAUAGGCCGCCUUUACUUCUACGAUCCCUCUACUAACAAACCCGGUGUUCUGCCUCCAAAUAUCAACAAUGCCAUAACAGGUGUUGCUCUAUUUGGAACCCUAGCGGGGCAACUCUUCUUUGGCUGGCUCGGAGACAAGCUCGGGAGGAAAAAAGUUUACGGAAUCACCUUAGUCACUAUGGUGGGUUGUGCUCUUGCCUCAGGCCUUUCCUUUGGCUCCAGUCCAAAAAGUGUAGUUGCAACUCUCUGCUUCUUCCGAUUUUGGCUAGGAUUCGGGAUUGGAGGAGACUAUCCCCUCUCGGCUGUCAUCAUGUCUGAAUAUGCCAGCACAAAAACCCGAGGAGGGUUUGUGGCCGCAGUGUUUGCAAUGCAAGGAGUUGGCAUAUUGGUUGCUGGAGCUGUAGCCCUUGUUGUAUCCAAGGCCUUCUUGCUAGCUUUCCCAGCUGACAAUUUUGCAUCCAACAAUGUGCUAUCCACUCAACCGGAAGGCGAUUUUGUUUGGCGAAUCGUGCUCAUGUUCGGUGCAAUCCCUGCAGCUCUGACCUUCUACUGGCGGCUGAAGAUGCCCGAAACAGCGAGGUACACUGCCUUGGUUAAAGGAGACCAUGACAAGGCUGCAGCUGACAUGGCCAAAGUCCUCGAGAAACAUAUAGACAACGUCCCUAUUAGUAACGGUGGAGAAUCCAAAAUCCCGAAAAAAGUCCUUGAUCCUAGUUCCUCAUACAGCCUCUUCUCAAGGGAAUUUUUUGAAAAGCAUGGCUUACAUCUUGUUGGUACCACAAGCACAUGGUUCUUACUAGACAUUGCUUUCUAUAGUCUUCAACUCACUCAAAAAGACAUAUACCCAUCUAUACACUUCUUGCCAAAAUCCAUAGAAAUGAACGCUAUAGAGGAAGUUUACUUGCUGUCCAAGUCAAUGCUCUUAAUCGCACUUGCGGCCACCGUCCCCGGAUACUGGUUCACAGUCUUCCUCAUCGACCGGAUCGGCCGGUUUCCAAUCCAACUCGGCGGCUUCAUCCUCAUGUCAAUAUUCAUGGCCAUUCUUGGAUUUAAAUACGAGAAUAUAAGGGGGAGUAAUUGUCCUACCGGCUCAAGAUUCGACUUCUGCGAAGGUCAUCCCAAAGUAUUCGCGGUGCUCUACGGCCUAACCUUGUUCUUUGCCAACUUCGGACCCAACAGCACCACAUUCAUUGUCCCAGCAGAGCUUUUCCCCGCGCGGUUCCGGUCCACAUGCCACGGAAUCUCCGCCGCUGCGGGAAAAGCCGGGGCGAUCAUCGGAGCGUUUGUGGUUCAGAGUUACGCGCAGGAUGUUAAGGGUGUGAAGAAAGCGAUAAAGGGGCUUGCUUUGGUCAAUUUGCUUGGGGUGUUCUUCACGCUGUUGGUGCCAGAGACGAUGGGCCGGUCCCUGGAGGAGAUUUCAGGCGAGGAUAGCGAGCUCGGAGGGAAAGGUGUCACCGCCGUUGUGGCAGAUGACAAAGAGGUAAAGUCAGGGAUUACUAAUGGUGUUCAGGCAGAGAAAGCUCCACAAGCUGAAAUGGAAAUGGUUUGAAUCUUUGGUUUGAUUACAAAAGUGAAUUUUAGCUACUUGUAAUAAGAGAUCAUCGACCCAGUCCAGUACAUGGAUGAAAUUGAAAGCAUAUAGUAAUAUGUAUAGAAGUAUGCAUGCAUGGUUUGAUACAUAUUAAUUACAGAAAAUAAAAGUGAUUGGAGCUUUGGCACGUUAUUUGGUUCUAGCUAUCUUCUAGUCCUUUUCUUCUUGUAUGAUGGUGUCGAGCUUGGUUACAUAUAUGAUGCACUGA